AUGCUGGUGGACUAUGGGAGCAGAGACAAGCUUUUCCUGGAUGCCGUUGAGGAAGUCCGGCAUCAGCUCCUGUCGAUUGCCGGUGUCUCGCAGGCAGAUGGGUACGAGUGCGUCAUCGUGCAGGGCUCUGGCACCACGGCUGUGGAAGCCAUGCUCGGCGCCGCUGUGCCUCGAAAAGAUGGCAAGGUGCUGAUCGUGACCAAUGGUGCAUAUGGCCACCGUCAGAAGGCCAUGUGUCAAUACCUCGGCAUUGAUCACGAGACCUUGGACUUCGAGGACCAUGAUGCCAUCUGCGUGAAGCGCGUCCUAGCUGCGCUGCGGGAAGACGAGGAUUUCACCGAUGUUUCUUUCGUUCACCACGAGACGACAGCCGGUGUUCUCAACCCUCUCUACGAGCUUGUCAAGAACAUCAAGGCAGAAUUCCCGCCCAUGAGAGUUCUUGUCGACUCCAUGAGCGGUUUUGGUGCUUACCCCUUGGAUAUGUCUUGGGGCAUCGACUUCGCUGUAAGCUCCGCGAACAAAUGCAUCGAGGGCGUUCCUGGAUUUGGCUAUGUGCUCUGCAGCAGGGAGGCCUUGCAGCAAACCAAGGGCAACGCACGAAGCUUGUCCCUGGACAUCUACGAGCAAUGGGCUUUCAUGGAGUCCACAAAGCAGUUCCGCUACACUCCGCCCACGCACGCGAUAUUGGCAUUCCAGCAGGCCCUGCGCGAGUUCCUGCAAGAGGGGGCCAGAGAGCAGCGAGCAGCACGAUAUCAGGCGAACUACGAGGUAAUGGAGCGUGGCAUGGAAGAAAUGGGCUUUGAGUUCUACGUGCCGAAGGCACACCGGUCGUACUGCAUUUGUACAUUCAAGACGCCUGACCAUCCGAACUUCGACUUUCAAACCUUCUACAACCUGCUGGCGGAGCAGGGGUUCGUUAUCUACCCUGGCAAGCUUUCGAAGGGCAACUCCUUCCGAAUAGGCAUCAUUGGUCGCCUCUUUCCAAAGGAUUGCGAACAGCUUGUACUGGCUGUUCGAAGGAGCUGCGACAUAAUGAGUGUACCACUACCACUGAAGUGA